UCACGUGUGAUCAUUUUGCUUUUGACAGGUGUUGAAUACAGCGAUGUCCUUCCUGACUCUUUUCCAUCGGCCGCUGCAGAGUCUCUGCCACAUUUCCUCUUGGAACCGGAAGAUGCCUACAUUGUGAAGAACAAACCAGUUGAACUUCUCUGUAAAGCUAACCCUGCCAUCCAGAUAUUCUUUAAAUGCAAUGGAGAAUGGGUCCAUCAGGUUGAACAUAUCACUAGGGAGAGAGUUGAUGAAGUCACAGGCCUUGUGGAACGAGAGGUCCAGAUCGAGGUCUCCAGACAGCAGGUGGAGGAGCUCUUUGGCCUGGAAGAUUACUGGUGUCAGUGCGUAGCAUGGAGUUCAGCAGGAACCACCAAGAGCCGAAGAGCUUAUGUCAGGAUAGCCUAUUUGAGAAAGAAUUUUGACCAGGAGCCUUUGGGCAAAGAAAUACCAUUGGAACAGGAAGUUCUACUACAAUGUCGUCCGCCAGAAGGCAUUCCUCCUGCCGAGGUUGAAUGGUUGAAGAAUGAGGAUAUCAUCGACCCUACAGAAGAUACAAAUUUCCUGAUUACAAUUGACCACAACCUCAUAAUUAAGCAAGCGAGACUGUCGGACACAGCAAACUACACAUGUGUUGCUAAGAAUAUUGUUGCGAAGCGCAGAAGUACCACAGCGACCGUCAUUGUAUACGUGAAUGGAGGCUGGUCAUCUUGGACUGAGUGGUCCCCUUGUAACAACCGUUGUGGUCGUGGUUGGCAGAAGAGGACAAGAACAUGUACCCAUCCAACACCCCUCAAUGGUGGCUCAUUUUGUGAAGGGCAGCCCUUUCAAAAAUUGGCUUGUACUACUAUGUGUCCAGUAGAUGGAGGCUGGACAGAGUGGAGCAAGUGGUCGGCUUGCAGCACUGAGUGCACCCACUGGAGAAGCAGAGAGUGUAAUGCACCCACCCCAAAGAAUGGUGGAAAAGACUGUAGUGGCAUGUUGCUAGAUUCCAAAAACUGCACUGAUGGACUGUGCAUGCAAAUAUUGGAUUCCACGGGAGAUGUGGCCCUCUAUGCUGGCCUGGUAGUUGCCAUUUUUAUCUUCAUCGUCAUACUCAUGGCAGUUGGUAUAGUGGUUUAUCGACGUAACUGCCGGGAUUUUGACACAGACAUCACAGAUUCGUCAGCCGCCCUUACGGGAGGUUUUCAUCCAGUCAACUUUAAGACCCCGAGACACGAUAAUUCACAGCUUCUACACCCUUCCAUACAGCCAGAUCUAACAGCUAACGCUGGUAUAUACCGAGGCAAUAUGUACGCCCUACAGGAUUCCGCUGACAAAAUUCCCAUGACCAACUCUCCCUUGUUGGACCCACUGCCAAAUUUAAAAAUUAAAGUCUACAACUCUUCCACAGUAGGCUCCUCUCCUGCAAUACAUGAUGGGACUGACUUGCUUGGCACAAAGCCAACAGGUACAUAUCCAACAGAUAACAACAUCAUCAACGCCAGGAACAAGGCUAUGAGCAGCCAGCAUCUCCUGACAUUGCCUCGAGACUCUAGUAACAGUGUCACAGGGACUUUCGGAAACCUGGGAGGAAGGCUUACUUUCCCAAAUACUGGGGUAAGUUUGCUAAUACCUCAUGGUGCAAUUCCACAGGGCAAAUACUAUGAAAUGUACCUCAUGAUAAACAAAAGAGAGAACACAGUUUUGCCAUCAGAGGGGACACAAACUAUUUUGAGUCCCAUGGUUACAUGUGGACCCACCGGGCUUCUGCUGUGCAGGCCUGUUAUAUUAACCAUACCUCAUUGUGCUGACAUCAACACAUCUGACUGGAUUUUACAACUCAAGACUCAGUCUCACCAAGGCAACUGGGAGGAGGUCGUGACCCUGAAUGAGGAAACACUCAAUACCCCGUGCUACUGCCAGCUUGAAAGCCAUUCCUGCCAUAUUUUGCUUGACCAGCUGGGCACUUAUGCUUUUGUGGGAGAGUCAUACUCUAGAUCUGCCAUAAAAAGGCUCCAGCUUGCUAUCUUUGCGCCCAUUCUUUGCACUUCUCUAGAAUACAAUCUGAAAGUCUACUGCUUAGAAGACACGCCGGAUGCUCUUAAGGAGGUCCUCGAGUUGGAGAAGACUUUGGGAGGAUACCUUGUUGAGGAACCAAAGCCACUAAUGUUCAAGGAUAGUUAUCACAACCUAAGACUGUCUAUCCACGAUAUCCCCCAUUCACUGUGGAGAAGCAAACUGCUGGCCAAAUACCAGGAGAUCCCAUUCUACCACAUUUGGAGCGGAAGUCAAAGGAGCCUGCACUGUACGUUCACUCUGGAAAGGCACAGCCUGGCUUCAACAGAACUUACGUGCAAAAUCUGUGUGCGGCAAGUGGAAGGAGAAGGACAAAUAUUCCAGAUACAUACGAUGCUGGAAGAGAAUGUCAAGUCGUUUGAUCCAUUUUGCUCACAUGCUGGAAGCAAUGUCACCACCCAGCUGGGACCAUAUGCCUUUAAAAUCCCCUUUUCAAUCCGACAGAAAAUCUGCAACAGUUUGGAUGCCCCUAAUUCCAGAGGAAAUGACUGGAGACUUCUGGCACAAAAACUUAGCAUGGAUAGAUAUCUGAAUUAUUUUGCAACCAAAGCCAGUCCUACAGGAGUUAUUUUGGACUUAUGGGAAGCCUUACAUCAAGAGGACGGUGACCUUAACACUCUGGCCAGUGCCUUGGAAGAGAUGGGGAAAAGUGAGAUGAUGCUUGUUAUUACAACUGAAGGUGACUGUUGAUGGUUUGUAUAGCCAUCAACUUGGUUCAAGGCCAUGCAAUUGGUUGGGGGAAGAAAAAUAUUAAACAAGAGACAAUUUCUGUCCUUGUUUACAUUGGAUGACUCAAGGAGCUGCAGCUUAGUAUGGAGACAGAAGGAAUUUCUUCCUUGUUUUCUGAUCACAACCAGCCUUAGAAAUCCUUACAUACUCUGUUUACAAGCCAUCCAAAUCUCUAAUGGAUUACAUUUACAACCCCAAUCCUAUGAAACUCUGCACAAGAAGAAGAACAUCAUCCAUAACGUGACAAAGACAUACUCCACCUUUCCAGGCCAAGCAUCCAAGAAGACUUUGUAGAUUUAUCUCAUUAUAUUUUUCUUUACCUUUACCCCAUUCAUCUUCACUGGUGUAUAACCCUUUUGAAAGGUCAUGUACAGUCUACACAAACUGCUUUUUUCCUGUCCAUGCUUGGGAACAACCUCGCUAAUGAGGUUAAAUGGUUUCUUAGGAAACGCAUGUUUAUUUAUUAUCCAGAUCUUUGGAUGAAUCCAUGUUUUAUAUGUUAAUGGGUAAAGAUAUGUCCUUUUCCAUAUGUGAGGUUAAUAAUGAAAGAGCAACAUGUCCCUUAUUUUUUGUUGUUGCUAGACAUUUCCCAAAGUAAACAUAAAAUCAACUGUGUGGCUUCAGACAUGAAGUCCACUUAAGGUAUAAAAUGUGUUGAUAUAUUGCCAUGAGCUGUUGUUUGGUUUGCUAUCUCUUUUUGAUUUUCAUACUAAUUAUUUUUUGAAUCAAACCCUACACUGCUCAGGGAAAAAAUUUAUUUGGGUUAUAGCGAAACGUGAGCCGUUACACGAGUGAAGGCAAUGUUCACAGAAUGCCAUACAGACCAUUUUAACUUAUCAGGUCGAGAAGCAUAACAUUCUAAUCCGUUGAAUAUGGGUUGGGGUUUUAACAUUUUCGGUUAAUAGAUCAUGAUGAACACCAAUUGUGAAAUAUUUUGUGGCUCUGAAACAAGUCAUUAACAAACAACUGACAACAUGCAGCC